AUGUCAGAUUCAGAGCUCACCAGGAAGUGGGACCUAUGCAUGGCAGAUGCAGUCACAAAGAUAGGUACUGGUUUUAGAUUACCUUUUGGUUCUGGCUUGGGAUUGGGAAUGGCCAACUCCAACUGUCAGCAUGAUUUCAACACUCCAUAUCUUCUACAUUGA